AUGCUGCGACGACCUCCUGGCGAGGGACGUCCCCAGCAAAAGCUCUUCGCCUUGGUUGCUGUUAUACUCCUGCCCUGGUUGCAACUUGUCGAUGCUCAGCAGCAGCACCGACCAGUCAGCGAACUGCAACGCCCCGGUGGCAGUCAGCAGCAGUCAGUUGCCGAUGCCGUUCAAUGGGCCGUCACGUCCAUUGACGCGGCCAAGGCGCGUGAAACUGUCAAUCAACAUCAAGUAAAACGACCUUCCACACAGCCUCGGCAAAAGGAAGAAUACAACCGAAAGAACCGAAAGAGAGAUCAACGAAUUCCUGACGAUGCGAGCGCCCUCGCAACUUUGGCUCCGGACUCGAGGUCCGUAGGAGCACCAAACCCUUCAUAUCUUCGGUCCAGCAGCGCUUUUGCAUCUGGACUGGCCUCGCCGCAGAUUGCGCGGAAUCUGAAGGAUUGGGAAGUAGAAGACUUUGUACUUCUGGCGACCGUCGACGGAGACCUAUACGCCAACGACAGACGAACUGGAAAGAAGCUCUGGCAUCUCGAAGUCGACCAGCCUAUGGUAGAGACUAAACAUUACCGCUCCGAAGAAUCCACCCUUGAUGAAAAUUACCGUGCAGUCGACCAUUACGUUUGGGCUGUUGAACCCAAUCGAGACGGCGGAAUUUAUAUGUGGGCACCAGACUCAAAUCAAGGUUUCAUCAAGACAGGCUUCACCAUGAAGAAGCUCGUCGAAGAGCUGGCGCCAUACGCCGACGAUAGUUCUCCCGUUGUUUACACUGGCGACAAAAAGACGACAAUGAUCACCCUAGAUGCUGCAAGUGGAAGAGUUCUCAAAUGGUUCGGCUCUGGAGGGUCUCAUGUAAACGAAGCCGAGAGCUGCUCACGACCUGACACCCUAUAUGACGCAGGCAACUUGGAGUGCAGCUCGACCGGCACUAUCACGUUGGGAAGAACCGAAUACACUGUUGGAAUUCAGCGACGCGAUGACGGUCUUCCCAUUGCUACCCUCAAAUAUUCCGAGUGGAGCCCCAACAACUACGACAGCGACCUUUUCCAGCAACAUCAUUCUUCCCUAGAUAAGAAGUACAUCACAAGUCAACAUGAUGGCAAGGUGUAUGCGUUUGACUAUACACGAUCUGAGAAGGUGCCUGUUUUUAGCGAGCACUUUGCAGCACCUGUCGCCCGAGUCUUUGAUGUAUGCCGACCAGGUGACGCUACAUCCGAAAGCAACCCCGAUCUUGUUGUACUUCCCCAGCCACCAAUGCCAGCAGAGGAUGAGACACAAGACCGGAUGCGCAGUAACAGCAUUUUCCUAAACCAAACUCGAGCUGGAGACUGGUAUGUCAUGUCUGGUCAACUGUACCCUCUCAUUGCCCAUGCGCCUGUGGCCCAAAUGUCCCGCUCUGACUGGUGGGAUAUUGCUCCUCCUUGGGAUACGCUCAACCAAACAAAGCUGUCAAAAGUCUUGGUAGGCACGCAUUAUCUUGGCAACACUGAUAAGAGAGGUAGCUUUCAUGCUCCCAGUCUGCCUGCUGGUUCAAUCGAGGUGCCCGACGUACAUGAUGUAUAUGAUGACCCCAACGAGUUGGAGGUUGAUCCCCAACCUCAUACUGAAGUUGGGUUUGCGGACGAACCCACCAUUUUUGAUAAGAUCAAAUCGAUACCUGACAGUGCCGCCAAGAGCAUCAAAGACUUCAUCACUAACCCCGUUGUCAUCAUCAUCUUUGUCUCGGUGUUGUAUUACAACCAGAAAAACAUCCGCCGACACCUCAAGCGUGGAAAACGUAGAGGUUUCUGGAAGGAACUUCAAGAUAUCCUGGCGAUUACAGAAACUGAGAACGUCACCGAGAAUGUCGUCGAUGAUGCACAAAGCACUGAUACGGAAGUAAACCGAGACAGCACACCCGAGCCCACUUCAGAAGAAGUGAAGUCCGAAACACUCGGUGAACAGCUUGAGGAGAGCACAAAAGAGCCCCCUGUACCAGCUCCCGAAUCAUCCAAAUUGGAACCUGAUGCAUUCCCACACACUCCUGUAAAGGAAGUGGAGCUCAGCGAUCGGGAAGCGACCCCCAAACCUAAAAAGCCGGUGGUUGAAGCCAAUGUGGAAGCACCCGUCAAGAUAGCGAAUGAUCUGCAAAACACUCUUCAGAAUCAGAACCAGAACACGCCAGCCAAUGCCAACCAGAAUGGUGCACAACCCGAGAAGAAGAAAAAGGCACACAGAGGGAGACGCGGUGGUGUCAAACAUCGAAAGGGCCGGGCUCAAGAAGGCUCCCAGUCUCGUGGCGAUGACCCUGCCACAGCUACUGUUGAGGAUGCCGUGAACAAUGCCAAGAAAUUGGGCGAAAGGCCUAGUCUUGAGCCUGAUGUAAUGACGGUACAUGAUGAUAUGCAAUCUGUGACGGGCUCUACUAUUCGUAUGGGAAAUAUUGAGGUGAACACAGAUGAGCAGCUGGGUACAGGAAGCAACGGUACAUUGGUGUUUGCCGGCAAAUUCGAUGGUAGAGCUGUCGCUGUCAAGCGCAUGUUGAUCCAGUUCUAUGAUAUCGCUUCUCAAGAGACCAGACUUUUGAGAGAGAGUGACGAUCAUCCCAAUGUUAUCCGAUAUUACUCGCAGCAAAUCCGCGAUGGAUUCCUUUACAUCGCACUGGAGCGGUGUGCUGCUUCGUUGGCUGAUGUUAUCGAGAGGCCACACUACUUCCGUGACCUUGCAAACGCUGGACGACAUGAUUUGCCCAACGUUCUCUAUCAGAUAACCAACGGAAUCAGCCAUCUACACGAGCUUCGUAUCGUCCAUCGUGAUCUUAAACCGCAAAACAUUCUUGUCAACAAAGGCAAGGAUGGUAAACCAAGAUUGCUGGUAUCUGAUUUUGGACUGUGUAAGAAACUGGAGGGCGGACAAUCAUCCUUUGGUGCGACUACGGGUCGUGCAGCAGGAACUUCUGGUUGGCGUGCUCCGGAGCUUCUGCUCGAUGACGACGCACGAGAGGGUGCUAUGAUGGAACUAAGCACACAAAGCGGCUCCGGAUCUGUUUUGGCAGACGACAAUGCCAUGCCCCGACGUGCUACCCGAGCCAUCGACAUUUUCUCGCUUGGUCUGGUUUUCUUCUAUGUUUUGACCAAUGGUUCGCAUCCUUUUGACUGCGGGGAUCGCUACAUGAGAGAAGUCAACAUUCGAAAGGGCCAGUAUAAUUUGGAUCUUCUCGACUCUCUUGGUGAUUUUUCCCAUGAGGCCUCGGACCUCAUCGCAUCCAUGCUUGAAGCGGACCCUAAAUGUCGCCCAACAGCUAAAGAAGUCAUGGCCCACCCCUUCUUCUGGUCAGCAAGAAAGAGGCUCGCAUUCUUGUGCGAUGUCUCAGAUCACUUUGAGAAGGAGCCGAGAGAUCCACCGUCAGCGGCACUGGCUGAGCUUGAGAGCCACGCCUCUUCCGUGACGGGUGACUUUCUCAAAGCACUACCACGCGACUUUGUGGACUCCCUUGGCAAGCAGCGCAAGUACAAUGGAUCCCGUCUCCUAGACCUGCUUCGUGCUCUGCGCAACAAGAGAAAUCACUACGAAGAUAUGCCCGAGGCACUCAAACGAAACGUGGGACCUCUUCCUGAUGGUUAUCUCGCCUUUUGGACAGUACGAUUCCCUCCGUUGUUGUUGGUAUGCUGGAAUGUUGUCUGGAGCAUACGCUGGGAUAAGACCGAUCGCUUCCGUGAAUACUACGAACCCGCGGCUCUCUAG